ACUCCUCACCGUCUUGCGAACCCCAUCCUCUGCUGCGCUUUUUCAACGAUUCAUAUGUGACGCACGACAGUUACCGCCUGGUAUUUAGCGCAGACUAGUAACUCUUACCGCACGUCUGCGCCUUCUAGAAGAAUGCGUCGAACCACGCCGUACGCAUACAUAAACUUCAGGCAGACCACGACCCCAGCCUUACGACAUCUCUACGGCGAUUGAUUCGAAUAUUGUUCAAAAUUUGUCGAGCUCUUUUGUGAAUCACUGCCAGCACUAGCCCAACAUCAGUCAAGCACACCUAUCACACCUACGACAUUAUAUGUAGGAUCAGCGGCGAUGGCCGCUUCUCCGACCGCGCGGAUGACCCACUCCGUCAACCCUCACAUGCAUGCAUCCUACUCCCACCAUUUCUCACCUGCAUCAACGACGGGAUCCGAUUCGAGUUACUCUAGGCCCUCAAUGUCGCGGCGUCAGGACCCCAAGGUUCCAAAGCGACCAAAGCCCAAACGCCCAUCGUCCAAUUCCACCAAUGGAAAGCCAGCCCCCAAUGUUGGCUUUACAUUUAUCACAGCCACCGAGCCUGACGGGUUCAAGACGCCAGAGAACAUGGCCGUUGUGCGCAAGAUAGCGAUGGGCAAUUUUCUGCAUGAGAGAGACAUGAUCUCUCGGGAGUCAUCUGAGCUCAACAGUGAAGACUCGACACUGAGUCAUGGAAGUCAAGAAGGCACUCCUCAGCCCUCUGACCCAGGAGAUACAGCCAAGUUGGGUGUGGGUGAACCUUUGAGGUUGAGAAAGCCGAGCUCUUUGGCUAAAUAUACAAAUCUCAACAACCACCGUCAACCCACUUCCAGGCCAGGAACACAACUCGUGAAGCAUCAGCCGCUUGCUGGUUCCGGUCUGCUGGUUUCUCCUAUGAUAGAGCCGCCGCGAACUGGUGUAUUGCUCGACUACGAUGAACACCCGACGCCUCUGUUUGCUUCCUUCGGCAUGCCUUUCGACCCAUUCAACUCGAUGCAUCAAGCCAGUCAUCCCGCGGUAUUCGUCGAGGAACUGAAACAUUACUGUAGCCAGGAGUUUGGCACGCGGGCGAUGGGACAACAUUGGGUUAAAUUCAUAAUCAAAACGCCCCGCGCAUUCCUUAGCACAUUGAGUAUUGCAUCCGCACAUCGCGAUGCUUGGUCCGGAAAGGAUGUCGAAACCGUGCAAACCCUUGCGUUACGCCAGGAAAUUAUACAACUCAUUCGUCAGACGCUCCGCAACUCCGAUGAAUGCGUGGACGACGACAGUAUCGUUGCUUUGACGCAACUCAUCGUCAGCGAAGUGAUUGCAUGCGAGGAAUCUGCCACCGAAGUACACGAGAAAGGGUUGGUGGCCAUGAUGGAGAAACGCGGCGGAUUAAAUCGGCUUGAUUGGCGUCUAGCAUGUACCGUCUCAUGGGUAACUCUAGUCGCUGCCAUUCUUCGGGAGACAACACCACACACAAUGUACUCCGACUUCUGUACCUCUCAAUCACGCAAGAAGCAUCCACCCAACGCGACCAUACCAGAGUCGCCCAUCUACCGCCCGCGAUGCAGAUUUGAAACCCUUGAACGAUCAAACAAAUGUGAUAAGAGAGCGGAAAACUUACUACACGAAGCCCACGAGGUGAUCAGGCUUUUCUUGGAUGUCAGGAAGCAUGACCGACCUAACUCGGCGAAACUACGUACUCUGUGCGAGAAAAUUUGUGACGAACAGGUGUACCCUUCCGCAGCAAAGCUUCAACUGACAGAUGUCUUGACGCCGCGCGACUGGAUAUACGAGGCGAUUCGUAUCACUGCCACGAUCCAAGCUACUGCUAUCCUCAAACGUGUCCCACUCUCACAAGCCCUCAAGGAUGCCGCAAGCGAUAGCAAGAGCCUAUCUUCGCUUGACACGGCUUCGACCGCCUCGAGAUCUGACGACUCCCUAGUCUCCCCUAUGAGUUUCCUGCCCAACCUUUGGGGGUCAUCAAGUUCAGCGGCCACAGCCAGCCCUAGCUUCGGACAGCCUUUACCUUUCUCCCACAACACGCCACAUUCCUCUAUCACCUCGAUAUCUUCAUCUUCAUCAUUCGACUGGGGAUCCUUUCAAUCCCGCCCGUCGAUCGACUCGAUGCCUUCAACACGCCCGUCAAUCGGCUCAAUGGCUUCAUCCCGCCCAUCGAUCGCCUCGAAGGCUUCGUCUUUCUCGGAACCCAGCUACUUUCCGAAAUUUCGCGCCCCAGUGCCUCGCUCUCACAACCCAGAGCCCACUCCCGCUACCCUCCUCACUUCCGUCAAGAUCGCUCUCAAUAAUUCCGGCCUUUCGGAUUGUUGGUCUGACUUGGCCGGUGUGCUGCUUUGGGUAUCGUUGACAGUUGGAGCAUCGAGUCGCAAGGAAGAUAAAGUGCUGAAGAGAUGGUUCGCCGCGCUGUCGAUGAGGGCGACAAUAAUGCUUUGCCAUGAACACCCGGAAGCUAUUAAUGCGACGAUGUUGAAAAUGAGCGAGGUGAUUGAAGCAUUGGAGGUGGAAGAGAAGGGCAAGACUGUGGUCAAGGAGGCGAAGAAGAGGAAGUUUUGAGGACGUAAUGUUUGACCAAGGAAUGGUUGAUGAGGAGAUGGGUGUCAUCUUGUAAAUAUAUCUCCUUGCAUACUUUUCCUAAGCUCAAGGCUGCCAUGGUUGUUAUAUCCAGGUUUGGUUUGUCGAAGCGUGGUCACUAGGUUGAAAUUGGAAUUAGGACGCUGGUCGGACCUAUGCGAGCGACGCGCUCUUUGCUUGAAAGACGUUAUUUUAAAUGAAAGCUUCUACUUUUUGUC